AUGUCUUCAUCCUCAAGCUUGGCCAUCAGCGCCCCCUGGAAAGAUAUUGUUGAGCGAAAACGAGCCGAACGAGCCUCGAAAAUACCCAAAGGUUGGCUAUUGCCCGACGACAUCAUUAAUAACCGCACAUCUUCUCCCAUCUCUCUUUUACAUUCUUGCAAAUUGCUCUCUCAGACCGAACUUGGAUUGACCAGACCGGAAACUCACGAUGCCACGUCUCUGCUCCAGAAGCUUGCCACUUCAGAAACUUCGAGCACCGAGCUUGUCACUGCCUUUUGCAAGAGAGCAGCAGGAGCCCAUCAACUCACCAACUGCCUCACCGAAAUCCUCUUCGACGAAGCGAUUGCCCGGGCCAGAGAAUUGGAUGAGUAUCUCCAGCGAACCGGAAAUGUCGUUGGCCCCCUACACGGCCUUCCCAUCACAUUCAAAGAUUGCUUCGACAUCAAGGGCCAUGAUACCUCGAUCGGGAUUACUUCGCUUUGCUUCGAACCGUCAACGCAUAAUAGCCACCUUUAUGACAUUUUAACCCGACAUGGUGCGAUCGUUAUCGCCAAAACGACCGUUCCGCAAACCAUGCUGAACGCAGACACAGACUCAAUCGUCUUUGGCCGAACAGUCAAUCCCUAUAAUAGGGACUUCGCGGUGGCCGGGUCAAGUGGUGGAGAGGGUGCCCUUCUUGCGCUCGGUGGCUCGACGCUUGGUGCUGGGACUGACGGCGCAGGGUCGGUUCGGAUGCCAGCCGCGGUCAAUGGAGUGGUAGGGUAUAAGCCCAGUGGGUAUCGGAUCCCACUGGAUGGAAGAAGGGUCAUGGGGACUGGCGUCAUCGGCAGCACAAUUUUGGGUCCUGUGUCGGUCACUGGAUUCCUCGGCCGCUCGGUUCGAGAUAUUAUACUCUUCACCAAGCUCACCGCGGAGGCAAGACCAUGGGAGAAGGACCCCUUCAUCUACCCUCAUCCAUGGCAGGGCCUAUCCAUACCCGCAGCAAAUCAGCUUCGCAUUGGAGUAUGGUCAUCUAACGGCUUCCUGCAUCUUCACCCGCCGGUUGAACGGGGCUUCAGAACGGCUCAAGAAAGACUCGCAAAAUCCGGUGUUGAGCUCGUUGAGUUUAAGGGCCCUGACAUCAGCGACGUCUGGGAACUUCAGAAGGAAUGGACAGAGCUCCAGGACUUGUCAUACAUCCGCGAGCUGUUGUCUUCGGAGCCGCAUACCGAUAUUGUGAAAGCUACCGCGAUCAUCACUAAGAAAGCCACACCCCCACCGCUGACAAUCGAAUACCUCCACUCGAUGAACGCGCGGAUCAGUGCUUUGGUCCGGGCAAUGCAUAGUGCUUGGGAAAGUGCGACUGGAAGCGAGGAUCGACCCAUCGACGCGCUGCUUUGGGUUACCGCGCCACACACGGCUGUCCCCUUUGACAAGUACACCUAUCUGGGGUUCACUGGGUUGUUCAACCUGAUUGACUGGCCUGCUAUGGCACUGCCCCUGGGAAUGUUUGCAGAUAAGAACAUCGACGAGAAGGUCGAUAUUGCUCCGUUCAACGCACUUGACGCUGAGAUCCAUGAUAUUUAUGACGAGGAUUCGUUCGACGGACUCCCACUGUCUGUGCAGCUCAUCGGGCGGAGAUUUGAAGAUGAGAAGCUUCUCGCUGUAUCGGAAGUUGUCCAUGGUAUCAUCAAGCAUGACACCGCCAACUGA